AUGAGAGGAUGGGGAACCAGCAAAGGAGAAGGGAAGAAAAGGGAGCAAGACAAGGAUGGUCGGGCCGACGUUGUAGCAAAUGAUGCAGGUGACCGUGUUACCCCAGCAGUCGUUGCUUAUAGAGAAAAUGAGAAGAUUGUGGGCUUGGCAGCAAAACAAGGUAGAAUCAGGAAUGCGUCAAACACUUUCGUGAAAGUGAAACAGAUUCUUGGCAGACGUUUCGAUGAUCCUCAAGUUCAGAAGCAUGUGGCAAAAAGCAAGUGUUCUAUUAUUGAAAAGGAUGGGAAACCUAGAUUUGAAAUUGAUACUGGGGAAGAGCUCAAGAUUGUCACUCCAGAGGAAGUAAUGAAGUUGAUAUUUGCAAAAAUGAAGGAAACUGCGCAAUCAGCAUUGGGCUCUGAUGCAAAUGAUGUUGUCGUGACUGUCCCACUAGACUUUGGCAAGAACCAGAAAAAUGUAUUAAGACAGGCAGCCCAAGCAGCUGGUUUCAAUGUCUUGCGAUUGGUUCAUGAACCUGCAGCAGCUCUUCUUGCAUUUGGAGUUGGACAGGAGUCACCUACUGAGAAGAGUAAUGCACUGGUUUACAAACUUGGUGGAUCAUCACUAUCUGUUACAAUAGUAGAGAUAAAUAGUGGCAUGUACAGAGUCCUUGCCUCUCAUACUGAUGACAGCAUAGGAGGAGAGUGUUUCACGGAAGCAUUGGCACUCUAUUUAGCUUCAGAAUUCCAGAGAUUGUUUAAGCACGAUGUUAAGAGCAAUACGAGAGCCAUGAUGAAACUUAUUAAUAGUGCCGAAGUUGCUAAGCACACAUUGUCAACUUUGGGAAGUUCCAACUGUUUUUUAGAUUCACUUCAUGAAGGCUUAGAUUUUGACUGCAGUAUAUCCAGAGCAAGAUUUGAAUCUGUAUGUUCUGCAUUGUUCAUUCAAAGUGUUCAACCUAUUCAGAAGCUUGUAGAUGAAGCUGGACUCUCCAGAGGUGAAAUAUCUAAGGUUGUUCUUUGUGGUGGCUCUGCACGUAUUCCAAAAUUGCAGCAAAUGAUUCGAGAUCUGUUCCCAGAUGUUGAUCUGUUAAAUUCCAUCCCCUCAGAUGAAGUGAUAGCUGUUGGUGCAGCUAUUGAGGCUGCAUUGCUACUAGGGAAGGAGAACAGUUCAUUGGAAGAAGAAUCUGUAAUUGUGGAGUGCUCUGCACGCAACAUUGUUGCUAAGGAGAGUGAUGAGUCUGGAUCUGACACAUAUAAGGUGGUGUUUCCAUCAGGUACUCCAUUACCAGCAAGAAAACAUCAUGCUUUUCAAGCACCAGGAAAUGUUUCUUCUGUCUGCCUUGAACUGUAUGAGUCUGCGGAGAAAGGUUGUGAGACAGAAAGAAACAAAUUAGCACAGAUUGUACUCAAAGAUUUACAACUGAAAGAAGACGGCAACCAUGACAUUCUCUCUGUUCUCACCAUGAAAAGGGAUGGAUCGUUGCAUAUCACUUGUACAGAGCAAGGAACAGGAAUUUCAGAGGCAAUCACCAUUGAUGCUGCAUCGUAGGUAAUUGACAAGGAACAAACUCUUGGAAGCUCAAGAUCCAUAUUGUUGAAUGAGACCCCCUACUUGAAACCACUGUUCCCAACAAGUACUCACCUUGAUUGAUGAAGAGAUCCCACCAAUAGUAUUAUCUACUCCCAUUCUCGACUCUGAUUAAAUGUUCUUCUGGUUGUUUUUAUUUUAUGUAAGAAAAUCUGAACUAUGGAUUGAAUAUUGAGCCAACUUUAAACGCACUGAUGCAGGUUUGAUAUUGCAAUAUAAAAUGGCAAAGAAGUGCUGCAAUUGCUGGAAAUUUGAAAUAAACGUAAAAUGGUGGAAAUGCUCAUUGGGUUGUGCAGCAGCUGCCGGGAAACUAAUCAUUCAUUUUUCAUUGACUUUGGUAUUGUUAUUAAACUUAAUACUCGAGUAAAUUUAAAAUUGGCACUGUUUUUAAAAAUAAAAAAAUUGUUUUCUUGGUGUCUAGAUGGGUGUGGUAAUCUACCAAGAAAUUCUUAUUCCAGAAAUUAAUCCACUGUCUGUGAGACGUGAAAUUUUCAUGCAAACUUAGUUAUUUCUUUAAUAAAACAGAAAUUGCUGGCGAAACUCAGCAAGUCAGGCAGCAUCUGUGAAGAGAAAGCAGAGCCAAUGUUUUGGGUCCAGCGGCCCUUCAAGGGUAUGUUAAAGACACGAGUGUGGGGGAAGGAGUCAACGAUAAAGGAGGUGGAGCCCAGCGAAAGGGAACAGCAGUUGGAAAAAAGAAUGGAUAGUGGUGAGCUGGAGAGAAAGAGAUACUGGUAAUGGGGGGGGGAGGACGUUAGUGGGUGACAGUGGGUUGGCUGUGCUGAAAGCAACCCAUGUGAUGGCAAGACCUAGGGUGUGGGGUUGGGUAAAGGACAUGGAAAAAGGUGCUCAGGCCUGAAAAUGAUUGAACUCAGUAUUGACUCCUAGAGGCUGCAGGGUCCCCAAGUGAAAAAUGAGGUGCUGUUCUUCCAGCUUCUGCUGAGUUUUGCUGGAGCACUGCAGCAAACCUGAGACAGAUGUUAGCCAGGGAACAGGGUGGGGUGUUGAAACGCCAUGCAACCACCUUUGUGGGCAGAAUGCAGGUGCUCUGCAAAGCAAUCGUCUAGUAGGUAUUUCAUCUCACCAGUGCAGAGGAAAGCACAUUGCAAGCAGUGAAUACAAUAGAUUGAAGUGCAGAUGAAUCAUUACUUCACCUGGAAAGUGUGUCUGGGGCCUUGGAUAGUGAGGACAGGAGAGGUUAAUGGGCCAUUCUCUCUCACUGUCUCUGCGCUGUCAUCUUCACCUAUCUGCUUGCUCAUUCUCUCCCCACCCACACCCCGCCCCUUUCCUUGUCUUCAGAGUCUAUGCCACUAGUUACAAUCAGUUCUGAUGAAGGGUUACUGGAUCCAAAAUGUUAACUCUGCUUUCUCCACACAGAUGCUGCCAGACCUGUUGAGUUUCUCCAGCAAUUUCAGUUUUGUUUCAGAUUCCCAGCAUCUGCAGGUCAUUGUUUACUAGUUACUCCUUUUCAUUCCUUUAGUUGGAAUUAUGUGAAGACACUUGAAAAGGGAGAAUGUAGGAUCUGGAACAUCUUACAUUGCUGACAUGUCUGUUGCUGUAUAUAUUGUAUAUUGUUUCUAUUACAACUAUAUUAAUAAACUGUUGUGUAAGCUGUUCAGAAAGGCUUCUGUACUUGUGGCAUGGAUUUGCAAUACAGGUAUUUGUGUCAUUCAGAAUGUUGUGAACUGUAGGCAACAGGAGAUGUCCCUGUGCUCCAUCCAAUCUCUGCCACACAAUCAUGACCUGUACCACUGCAAAUACUGUACAUUGAGACGUAUAAAGCAAUCCCAUCUUCCAGCCUCAAAAAUCAUGUGGCAUGAGCUUGGUGUUUAGUUGACCUCGCUUUCCCUCCCACAAUAUGCUAUAUUUGCGUUAGUAGUCGGCCUCAAUUUUGCAUUCCCAAAGUGAACAUCUUCCUUUUAGGUGCUGUAUGACUGGACGCAAGGUGGUACAGCCUGUGUUGUGAAAAUACACAAAGCUCACCAACCUUGUACUGAAGAUGUUCACAAUCACCAAGUUAUUAGGUCACUUUUAAAUGCAGCUUAGAGGUUGACCCAUAUUCUUGAAGGGUUUUCCUUUGAGACUUCAUAUGUUAAUGUCCAUGAUACGUGCUCCACUUCACAACCAGGCAACCUCCAGGAGGGGCUGAGAAAUCAGAUUAAAAACCCAAGGCCUUUCUGGGGGAGAACAGCAGGUGAACCUUUUAUAGAUCUAACAUAGGAUUUGCAUACAGAGAGUAACAUGAUCAAUAAACAAAAAAAAAAAUGAAGUACUGUGGAUGCUGGAAAUCAGAAACAAAACAAAAUAGCCAGAGAAACUGUCCGCAUCUGUGAAGAGCCCUGAUGAAGGGCUUAUGCCUGAAACGUCGAUUCUCCUGCCCUUGAUCUGCCUGAUCUGCUUUGCUUUUCCAGCACCACACACUCAACUCUGGAGAGAAAGCAGAGUUAACAUUUUGGGUUCAGUGAUCCUCCUUCAGAAUUUGCCCUUAUACUUCAGACCUUUAGAUAUACCUGUAAAUGUUAUUCCAGUUAUAUUUGGUUCUGUACGAUGGUCCAUGUCCCAUUUGACAUAUUUAUUAAAGUGCUCUAACAAUUUCUGAU